AUGACCUUUCGAGCUCUCCAACGCCUAAGCCUAGGCUUAGGUCUUUUCUUGAGCGUGAAUGCAAUUGAUCUAAGCACCUUUUCUGGACAGGCAGAAACGAAGCUGCUCAUGGAAAAUGUUGCAGGUCAGGAAACGACGACUGAGGCUAGAGAGUUACUUCUCCAGGCCGUGAACGAUCCUCCUGACUAUACGUGCACCGCAAAGAAACGCUGCGAUUUGGGAUGUUGCGGGCCUCUUGAUGACACCGGCACUGGUGCUUGUGGCUUCGGUCCUACCUUCUGUGGCAAUGAUUGCACAAGCGACUGCAAGCGAAAGUCCGAGUGUGAUGGCGGUGGUUGGGGCGAGCAGUAUGCCAACAUGACCACUUGCCCGCUCAAUGUGUGCUGCAGCAAGCACGGCUUCUGCGGCACGACAGUCGACUUCUGUGGUCCCAAUCCUGUGGCACAACCUCAAUGCGACGUCUCGCAGCGGACUUCUGACGGUCGCACCAUCGGAUACUAUGAGGGCUGGAACUAUCAGCGCCCGUGUGGCAACAUGGAGCCUGAGAAGAUUUCCUUAGGCCACUGGACGCACAUCAACUUCGCCUUUGCUCUUAUUAACCCCAAGACGUUUCACAUCGAGGACAUGGAUUCCGGAACCGGAUCGCGUUAUGGCAGGGUCGCAGCGCUCAAGGAAAAGCAGCCAGAUCUCAAAAUUUGGAUUGCAGUUGGUGGUUGGGCUUUGAAUGAUCCUGGCCCAUAUCGAACGGCCUUCUCCGACAUGGCCGGCAACGAAGCUAAUCACGACAAUUUUUUUGACUCGCUGCUAACGUUCUUGGGAAAGUAUGAUAUGGAUGGCGUUGACUUAGACUGGGAGUAG